AUGGGCUCCCAAGACGCUGGCAACAGUGAGAUUCUCAUCGUCGGGGCUGGCAUUUUCGGGACCAGCACGGCCUACCAUCUCUCCUUAAUUCAUCCCAAUCCAUCACACAUCACGGUCCUCGAUCAUGCUCGUGUUCCGUCUCCACGCGCGGCGUCCAGUGACAUCAACAAGAUCGUCCGCGCGGAUUACAGCAAAGCUUUCUACAUGGAUCUGGCGUACGAAGCCAUGGAAGCGUGGACUUCGUGGCCGUUUCUAAAGCCGUAUUUCCAUCAGACUGGCUGGGUCGCACUGGACGAGAAGGAUAGUGAUCUAUCGGAAAGAAUUCGAGCCAACUUUCGUUGCUCCGGUCGCCCAGACACGUCUGCUGAUAUCACUCUGGACGAGGUCAAGAAUGCAUGGGGAGGGGUCCUGGCCAACAUCGACACGACCGGGUUUGAUAAAGCCUACACGAAUUCCAGUGCUGGCUGGGCUGAUGCUUCUUCAGCGGUCGAAGCCAUAAUGGCUGAAGCAGUGAAGAAUGGGAUCAAGCAUGAGGUAGGCGACGUGUCUGAGUUUUUGAGGGAAAAAGGCGAGGGUUUGGUAGGUGUGAGGACAUCAGAUGGCCGUGUUUUCCCGGCUUCGAAGAUCCUCCUCGCGACAGGUGCCUGGACGCCGUGGUUGUUGACACCCUUGGAGAAAGAACUGCAGAUCCCUUCUCAACAUAGUAUUCAGAGCCAACUCCAGGCGGCGGGAGUGUGUGUCGCGGCGUUCAAGCUCUCCGAGGACUCGGCCAGUCAUUACAGCCAGAUGCCUGUUUUAAUCUACGGCUCGCAAGGUGAAGUCCUACCACCGAACAAAGACCGCUUCUUCAAGUUCACCAACGCGAACACCUUCAAAAACACCCUUCGCCAUCCUCAGACCGGACAGGAAAUCUCAGUACCAGCGCCAGACCAGAAAUCUGUACCGGAGAAGCUGAAGAAACAAUCGAUAGACAUCAUCCGCCAGCGCAUCCCGGAGAUACUCGCUGGCGGUCAAAGUCCCGAUGAUUGGCGCAUCUGCUGGGACGCCAUUUCCCCGGAUCAGAACCAAUUGAUCUGUCGACAUCCAGACCCGAGACUGUCCAACCUCUAUCUGGCGACGGCGGGCUCCUUUCACAGCUGGAAAUUCCUGCCCACCAUCGGCCGAUAUGUGGUGAAUGUGCUGGACGGUAAGUCGAAUGGCCCGGCUAAGGACGAAGCCUGGCAAUGGAAGAAAUCUUGGUCUGAGAAGGGCGCUCAUCCCAAGGUUUUGCCUAAAGGAGAGUUGAGCCAUUUCAGUCAGUGA